UGUAGAUUCCAACAGGAACCAGGGCACAUAUAUGAUGCCCAUUCAUCCUGCCAUCAGUCCUCGGUGAUCUCUUCCUCACACUUCCAUCAACAUCUGAUAUCCACACUACGCAGACUCAAUACUACCCAAUCAUCAGCGUACUCUUAAGAGGCUGAGGAGAGAGAAGAAAAAGAAAAAAAGAGAAGCCGGCUUCUCCAGUCGAUAUCCAUCAAAGACACCGACGUACUUCGCAAUGAAGACCACCAUACUCACUGCCCUCUCGGUGGUCGGCGCCACGGCCGCCCACGUGGUUGCCGUCAAGCUCGCACCAGAAGGCGCGCCGCCCGCGGGCUGCACCACCAACUUCGACGGAGAGUUUGAGAUAUCAGUUUCCGAAGGGUCAUCCGAGAAGCGGGGUCUUUCCCUAGAGGUUCGACAGGCGUCCUCCCACCGCGCCUGGGACCGCCCUGGCAAGUUGCCUGCAGAAGCUGACGGUCAUUCGCAAAAGCAGAAGCGGGCCGCCUGCUCCGCCGAAGGCAUCCUCGUCGUCACCCUGACCGACGGCACCCUCCGGGACGCCCAGGGCCGGACGGGAUACAUCUCGUCCGAUUUCCAGCUGCAGUUCGACGAGCCGCCGCAGGAAAACGCCAUCUACACGUCGGGCUUCUCGGUCUGUCACGACAGCGGGCUGCUCGCACUCGGGCCCUCGACACAGUUCUUUAAGUGCCGGUCGAGCGAGUUCUGGAAUCUCUACGACCGCCACUGGGCCGAGCAGUGCUCCCCCGUUGAGCUGACCGUCAUGCCCUGUGGCGGCGAGUCCAAAGAAGGCGGACAGGUGGUCGGCACGGCAGUCGUGGCCACCACCAUCGUCAUCACCCUCAGCGACGGCCAGACACAGGUGGUCACGACGCAGGCACCAAUUCCCAUCUGCCAGAUCGGAGACGGCCAAGUCCAAGCCCACACCACCCCCUGCGAGCUCCUCGGCCCCGGCGCCCCAGAGCCCACAAACCGCGGCCCGCCCGUCGGCGAGUCCUCGGACGGCCAGAUCCAGCUGACCGGCACGGCCCCACCGCCACCAGAGGAGUCGGGCGCCACCGGCGGACCGCCCCCGGCCGAGUCGUCCGAGGCCGCGCUGCCGGUCGCUUCGUCGGGCUACGCCAACGGCACCUUCCCCGCCACCACGGCUACCGUCCCGCCGCCCGUCGAGGGCCCGACUAGCGCGCCGGGCGGGGGCGUCCCGCCUCCGGAGGCGUCGGUGCCGGUUAGUGGGGGGAGGCGGGUGGAGAUGGGGUCUGUUGGUGCGUUUGUGUUGGGGGUUCUUGGGGCGGUGUGGUUCCUAUAGGGGGUGGUGGCGACGGCUUUGCUAAUGGCAUCGUUUGUUGGAGGGACAUAUUGUAACGGGUGUACGCCAUCCCUGGGAUUAGGGAUGGAGGGGGAACAUAAUCAGGGUCAGUCUGUCUUGGAAGGGAAGGAUGCAGGGCGGAGGCGCGAUGGA